AUGGCCACUAACAACUUGUUUUCACACGCAAAAUGUAUGAACUUCAACAAUGCCUCUUUCGCUAAUAUCGGCCACGAUCAAGUCAAUACCGACAAUCGAGUUUACGGGACCCAAAACAAUAACCACGGCGAGGGUCCCCAGUAUAACUACAGUGGCAAGGGCCAAUUCAUCAAUCAUGGGCGAGACCAGAACGUCAACACUGGGAAGGGAAAUUUCAGACUCUCUGAGAAUGACGUCCAUGAAAAACCUUUUAGGGCGCUAGGAUUCGGAGAAAAUCGGGUUCUCGACCGUCAUGUUUCCGAGGACAACAUCAAGAGGAACCCGUUCCAUCAAUUCAACCGCCCAGCUUCACGUAGACCUCGCACUGAUGCGGAGAUUUUGGCAUGGACGAGGACAAUAGUGGGAGAUGAAAAACGAUCCAAUCACCUCCUUACACUUCGAGAAACGAAAGCUGAAUGGGCUUUGGAAGACAUGCAACGUGCAAGCUAUUCUCCAGAUUGCGAUCCAUCCCUGAAAGGCUCGAUGUUGCACGUGAUGAUUUGGCUCUCUGAAGCUUCUGGUCGUUGCGUUCAAUCUCACUACAAUCCGAAUGUGCAAAAACUUGGAAGCAGCCCAAUCAGUUCAAAGGGAGUCUCCUUCGCAGAUGUGUGGAAAGGAACGAUUGAUGGCACUUCGCAGGCCGAGGUAGUGUCAUUGAAAGUCGUGAGGCCGAGGUAUACAUCACAGGUGGGCGAGAAGCUCAAGAGAAAUAUGCGGGAAAUUAUGAGGUGGCGAACGCUAGACCACCUCAAUGUUGUACCGUUUAUCGGAAAUUUCUACUUUGGGUCCAAUCCACAAGAGAUAUGUUUAGUGACGCCGUGGAUGGAGAACGGUAACCUUGUCGAGUAUCUGAGACGAAAUCCCACAGAUUCCGAUUUGAAACGAUUUUCAUUUGCAUGGGAUGUCGCCAGUGGCCUCGACUAUCUUCAUGAAUCGAGUAUCACGCACGGUAAUUUGAAAGGUCAUAACGUUCUAAUCACACCCGACGAAGUGGCAUGUUUAACCGACUUUGGGCUGUUCGACAUACUCGACGCUGGCUAUAUAAGACCUACACCGUGGUGCGCACCGGAGGUCUUGGUCGAAGGGUCCAUCAGUCAGAAGAGUGAUAUCUAUGCCUAUGGCUGCGUAUGCCACGAGAUCUUUGCAGGACGUACUCCUUUCCACAACUUGAGCGAGGAUGAAUUAUAUCACGCUAUCGUGUUCCAGAACCAACUCCCCGAGCGUCCCUUAGAGGUAGAUGCCCCGAUGCUAUGGGAGCUUAUGGAACAGUGCUGGAGCACGGAUCCAUCUUCUCGACCAACGGCAUCCGAUAUGGUUAAGAGCCUCCAGGAAAUGGUGUCUUUAUUCAAUUCGCAGAACGAUGAUCCAUUCUUUUUUGAGGACUUUCGCGGUAGCUAA